AUGCAGAAGGAAAAUUGGACGCUAUUGGCUUGUUUCAUUUUGAUAUACUUUCUGCCGCUUUACUGCAAUGGAUUUGUGCCAAGUGAUAUUUAUGGCUUCCAAGCAAAGAACAUCCGAGGAGAGCUGGUUAAUCUGUCGAUCUACCGUGGAAAAGUGCUACUCAUUGUGAAUGUUGCAAGUGAAUGUGGAUACACAGAUAACCAUUACAAGGAAUUAAAUGAACUCCAGCAUAUUUUUAAUGAUGGUUCAUUCUUGAUUCUUGCAUUCCCUUGCAACCAGUUUGGUGCCCAGGAGCCAAAAAGAAACAGUGCAAUUGAAAGAUUUGUAAAACAUACUUAUGAUGUCGACUUUCCACUUUUUUCAAAAGUGCAGGUAAUUGGGGAUAAUGCACACCCACUGUACAAAUGGCUGAAAUCAGUUCAUGGAGUGGAACCAAGCUGGAAUUUCGGUAAAUACCUCAUCAACCGAAGUGGACAGGUUGUUAAAUUUGAGCCUCCAACUGUCUCCCCACUUGCAAUGCUUGAUGAAAUUGAGAGACUAAUAAUUCAUCAAUCAGUUGACCCUGAUGAGACGGAAUCUUCAGAGAAUAACAAAGAUGAACUCUGA